CCAGGGACGCUGGAGGUGGAAGGGAGCUCAUACCCAGGGGAAGAAAAGCCACCAAACUGUCCCAGCUGCCUACACUUAGUUCUCCGCUGCCCUUCCUUGCCCCUCCAGCCUCUCGGCUGGGUCUGGAGCACUAGCCCAAUUUGAAACACCCCUCCCGCUUCGAAGGAGGCUGGGCUGGCCAGGGGGUUAUUUUGGGAGCAGCCUCAGAGAUCCAAUGGCCUUGUUAGGGCAACACUGACCUUUCCGUCCCAGGAGGAGGGCAGGAUUGGAGAGGGGCGGGGCAGCGGCUGGGAGAUGGACAGCCCCGCACACCCACUGGGUGGAGAAGGGGGCCAGCCGGCUGCAGGAAUUCAGCCUCGGGCUGGGGGCUGUCACCAAGGAGGAAUUUCUCCACUUUGAAACAGACUGGGGACCCCUCCACCCCACCCCUUUCACUGUGCUUCUUAAAGGGAUCACACCGUUUUUCCUUUGACUCCAGGGAAGCCAGACUUGGGACGCUCUAUGGAGACUUUGAAUCUUGCCCUCCUGCUUCCUUCCCAACUGGCAGCCUUCCUCUGGCUGGUUGAGUGGGGGCCUCCCAGGCAUGGCACUGACCAGCCGACCCAGUGCUGAUUUGGCUCCUGGGCUCAUUCAGUCUCUGGUGGCAUCUUGCUUUCCCCCUCCUGGGGCACAGUGGUGAGUCAGGGGCGUCCAGCCCUGAGUGUGCUUGGAGAGUGUCGCUGGCACCACCCCCCCCAUCACCCUCUCUCUCCCACGCUGGAGGACGGUGAGGUUGUCAGGGGCUACGAUGAGAUGAGUGGGGGCCGCUUUGACUUUGAUGAUGGCGGGGCGUACUGUGGGGGCUGGGAGGGGGGAAAGGCCCAUGGACAUGGACUGUGCACCGGCCCCAAGGGCCAGGGCGAAUACUCGGGCUCCUGGAACUUUGGUUUCGAAGUGGCGGGCGUCUACACCUGGCCCAGUGGGAACACCUUCGAGGGAUACUGGAGCCAGGGCAAACGGCAUGGGCUGGGCAUAGAGACCAAGGGACGCUGGCUCUACAAGGGCGAGUGGACACACGGCUUCAAGGGACGCUACGGAACCCGACAGAGCAGCAGCAGCGGUGCCAAGUAUGAGGGCACUUGGAACAAUGGCCUGCAGGAUGGCUACGGCACGGAGACCUAUGCAGAUGGAGGGACCUACCAGGGCCAGUUCACCAACGGCAUGCGCCACGGCUACGGCGUGCGCCAGAGCGUGCCCUACGGGAUGGCCGUGGUGGUGCGCUCGCCGCUGCGCACGUCGCUCUCGUCCCUGCGCAGCGAGCACAGCAACGGCACGGUGGCCCCGGACUCGCCCGCGUCGCCCGCCCCCGACGGCCCGACGCCGCCCCCGGCCGCCAUCCCGCGCGGCGGCUUCGCGCUCAGCCUGCUGGCCAACGCCGAGGCGGCGCGGGCGCCCAAGGGCGGCGGCCUCUUCCAGCGGGGCGCGCUGCUGGGCCGGCUGAGGCGCGCGGAGUCGCGCACGUCGCUGGGCAGCCAGCGCAGCCGCGUCAGCUUCCUCAAGAGCGACCUCAGCUCCGGCGCCAGCGACGCCGCGUCCACCGCCAGCCUGGGCGAGGGCGCCGAGGGCGCGGAGGGCGCCGACGAGGCCGCGCCCUUCGAGGCCGACAUCGACGCCACCACCACCGAGACCUACAUGGGCGAGUGGAAGAACGACAAGCGCUCGGGCUUCGGCGUGAGCGAGCGCUCCAGCGGCCUCCGCUACGAGGGCGAGUGGCUGGACAACCUGCGCCACGGCUACGGCUGCACCACGCUGCCCGACGGCCACCGCGAGGAGGGCAAGUACCGCCACAACGUGCUGGUCAAGGGCACUAAGCGCCGCGUGCUGCCGCUCAAGAGCAGCAAGGUCCGCCAGAAGGUGGAGCACAGCGUGGAGGGUGCCCAGCGCGCCGCCGCCAUCGCGCGCCAGAAGGCCGAGAUCGCCGCCUCCAGGACAAGCCACGCCAAGGCCAAAGCUGAGGCAGCGGAACAGGCCGCCGUGGCUGCCAACCAGGAGUCCAGCAUUGCCCGCACUUUGGCCAGGGAGCUGGCUCCAGACUUCUACCAGCCAGGUCCGGAGUAUCAGAAGCGUCGGCUGCUGCAGGAGAUCCUGGAGAACUCGGAGAGCCUGCUCGAGCCCCCGGAGCGGGGCCCAGGAGCCGCGGGCCCCCAGCAGCGGACCCGCGAGAGCCCGCAGUUGCACGAGCACGAGCCCCCCGGGCCCGAGGGCGGCCCCCCGUCGCCAGCCGGGACGCCCCCGCAGCCCAAGCGGCCCCGCCCGGGGGCCACCAAGGACCGCCCCGCGAGCCCGGGCGCCUGGAACGGGGAGCCCGGCGCCGAGGGCGCGGGCCGCCGCAGCCCCGCGCGGCCGGCCACCGAUCACAUGGCCAUCGAGGCGCUGCAGCCGCCGCCCGCGCCGUCGCGCGAGCCCGAGGUGGCGCUGUACCGGGGCUACCACAGCUACGCCGUGCGCACCGCGCCGCCCGCGCCGCCGCCCUUCGAGGACGAACCCGAGCCCGAGGCCUCCGGGCCCGACUCCGCGCCGCCGUCGCCGGCCGCCGCCCCAGUGCGGGCCCCCGAGCCCGCGCCCAACUCCCCCGCCAAGCUGGAGCCCAAGCCCAUCGUCCCCAAAGCCGAGCCCAAGGCCAAGGCCCGCAAGACCGAGGCCCGAGGGCUGACCAAGGCGGGGGCCAAGAAGAAGGCUCGGAAGGAGGCGGCGCAGGCAGCGGAGGCCGAGGUGGAGGUGGAGGAGGUCCCCAACACUGUCCUCAUCUGCAUGGUGAUCCUGCUUAACAUCGGCCUGGCCAUCCUCUUCGUUCACCUCCUGACCUGACCCUUGUCUAACAGAGGAGUUCCUGCUGAGGAUGUGAGGACCCGUCUUUCUGCGCUGCCAGGCAGGGUGGCCAAGGAGGACUGGACUCUGGACCUGGAGCCCCGGGAUCCAGCUCACGUGCACACCACGUACAUUUUGGAGGCCUCCCGUGGCGCCUCUGCUGGGUGCCAAUGGUGCCCAGAGGAACAGAAUGUGCUGGGGAUCCUCCAGGAGCUCCGUGCCUGUGGCAGGGGAGGCCUCGAAGGAGGAGCCCCGGUCUCUUGAGCGCUCUUGUCCCUCGUCCUCAUCCAUUCCCUCGCCUUGCUGCCGGGGUCCCCCUUCCCUGAGCUUUCGUGUGUUUCGGGAGAAAUCACUGAACCAGGACAGUAAUAUAACUCCCAGCCCCUCUCCUUCCACCCCUCCCCUGCUUUGUUUUAACUUGCAGCAGAUCCCUGUGGUGGGCGAGCCAGAGAGCUGCCCACAGAGCAGAGGCCCUGCCUUCCGUGGUCUCCACGCAGCACCCACUCCGUCCCUUGCUUACAGAUAUUCUGGAUGACAACAGAGGAAACAGACACGCUCGGUUUGAGAACCCCGGGAUACGGUGCUCCUGUCUCCUCCCACCGGUCCAGCUAGCUUCCCUGCUGGACCCAUAGAGGAUGGGGAGAUGCAAGGCACUGGAGCCUUUAGCCGGGAGGCCGCUGACCAGGUGGCCCCGGGGUGGGGGUGGGAAGCAGGCAUAGGGGCAGUUAGGAUGGCCCCUGUUCUCUGGCGUGCCUGAGCCUGAGGCUGGCAUUGCGUUCAGGCUUCCAGUGUGCUCAGAGUGCUUAGGCUCACCCUCCAGGAGCCCCGGGGCUGCCACGAUAAAGCUAGCGGGGCACCCUGUGAAUUGGUGUGCCGCUUCCUUCACCAGGGCCCAUCGCCAGCUCAGGGGAGAGUGGGCAUGGAAGCCCUUGGAAGCCCAGGCAGAUUUCCCAGGGCGGACUCUGGGGCAGGUGCCGGAGACAGGCUUUUCCGGGGAGAGGAGAGCAAGUCUGGGGGCCCCGGUGGGUGCGGUCUGUUCGAUACUAAGCCCCUUGGCUUGCUUGGCAGAAGACGGUAUUUGCAUGUAGCUCAUUACAGAUGUUCUGAGCCACCCCAGGCCUCCGCUCCCUUGUGCUUGGGGGGCCGGGUGCAAGCCGAGGGCUCGCGGGGCCCCUGCACCUGGGAGGACAGAGGGAAAGGCUUCUAGGCCCCUCCAAACCCAGGGAGGAUUGUGGCAGUGGCGUCCAAGCAGAACUGCCUCGGCCGCUCCACAGCCUUUGUGUCUGUGGACUUGGGGCUUCGGUGCUGUAGUUGAACCUCGAGUUUGCUUCUGAUGAGAGGUCGGCUGUGCCUCUCCCCCUCAGUACUUGGGAAGCUUCCUCCAGCCCCACGCUGGCUGUUUUGAGGGCUCCUGACGUUGCACGGGGUGGUUGGAAUCUGGGACUGCAUUUCUCUGGAGGGGAGCCCGCAGAUUCCCCCGUCCUCAGGCGGCCCGAGGCUCUGCAUCUGUGUGUGGGCUUUUCUGGACUCCAAAGAGAUGACGGCUAGGCUGGGGGUGCUGCUAGGGCCGGGGGGCCCCGGGCCUCAGCUCUGAGACCACGGCCCGGGUUUUGGUCUGGCCCAGGGCUGGGGGCAAGCCUGCAGGCACCAGAGCUCCCAGGCCUACUUUUAGAGCUGGUGUUUGGGGUGACGGUUCAGGAUGCUGCGGUCUGUGGAAUAAUAAACCUGCAUCUGCUCGUGG